GUGACGCUAAAAAUAGCGAGUUUGUGUUAUCUCCGGAAAAAACGAGGAAAUCACGAUAUUAACUUCCAAAAAUCGCCCUCCUCGGAAGCAUCCAAAACCUGCACCCCUGGCGCGCUUGGCUUGCGUCGAACAAAAAUGGCGCGCCGGACGAUGGAAGUGGAAAUGACACUGAAUCUGGACUGCUGGGAGGAUGUGCUGAGCCCGGCACAGAAAGCGGCCUACGAGAAGGCGGAAAAGGAACACAACGCAAUCCGCAGCAAGCUGCAGGCGAUCGUGGAGGAAAGCGGUGGAACGAACAUAUUUUCCGGUGAAGUGUUCACCGCCUACCAGGUGUUGGGACCCGUGCCCGGAUUGGAUCAAAUUUCACAGCCCGUCACUGCACUGGCCGCCAAGAAAAAGAUACAUUCACACGCGCCACCUCCUCUGGCACCACUAGCGGGCUCAGCAGUAGUAUCCACUUCAAAGAACGCUGCACCGGCAACGCCAACGGAUACAGCGACACGACGAAGAACGCGCCAGUCGGUCCCGCUUUCGGACGAUGACUUCCGGGAUCCGUCACCGGUCAUGCCGGACGACGAUGAGGAAGAUUAUAUGCCACUUUCAAAGCGCAUGAAAGUCAAGGAUAAGAAAUCCCAGGAAGAGGUUGUCAAACCGUCGAAAUCGGUGGAUACUCCGAAACGAGAAAAGGCACUGAAAUCCCCUAUCCCUCAGACGAGCAGCUCCAGCUAUGGCAGUGGUGGUGCCGGGAAACCCAACGAGUACAAUGCCGUUGGAGGUUUGCGCGUAGUUACAGGCGACAAGGAGAAGAAACGUGUCACCGCCGAACCCUCCAUGGUUGUCGAUCUGACUUCGGACGAUGCCACCAGCACGGCGGCCGAUUCGCGGGAAAUCUCUUUUAGUAAAAUCCAGGGCAAAACGUUCCCCUCGCUGGUGGUCGUCGCAAGACCAUCGCUACGAAUGCCGGAGAAGGUUCCGAAUGAUCGUCCGUCGCUCGAUGCGAGGGUAAAGUCGGUGCUCGUCUUUUCGCCCGGUAAAUUCACCGAGUGGCUCAUACAGCAGGGUCUACUGAAAUCGGAACAACAAUGUAAGCUACAUCCCAAGAAACCGCUGAAGCUGGGCAUGUACUCGGAUGUGUCCAAGUUCAUACAUUCCGGCGGAUACGUAUGGAUCAGUGAGUGCUGUCCGGCACGGUUCACGUCGGUCUUCAAUGGUUCGCUGUUUGAGGAGUCCUCUCAUGCUCCGGCGGUCCUGCUGAAGCUGAUCUAUCACUGGGCCUGCCAGACGAGUGUGGCCAAUGUUGCCAACUGGGUGAAGGUGGACAACAUGUACAUGAAGCGGUUCUAUACGCUGUUACGCUCCGUCUGUAGCGUUGCUCUGACCCAGCACAUGCCAGUGCUUGGUGGCCUUGGAAAGGUGGUCGAAGUUGGCGUCAUCUCACUUGGAACUACGAGCCAGGACGGACAACAGCGGCAGGUCAAGGUCGAGGUAUUGGGCGUGCUCGACCGAGAAGCUAAAUUGAUUCGCCUUCGCGCCGUAGAUCCUCCCAGUGACGGAGAUCGCAGCUACAAGAAACGGUUCGCGAAAAUCUUGGAACCUCUCGCAGACUGGGCACACAAAGAAAGCCUUAUCGUCACUGACCUGACUGUUGACAAGGGCACACUGAACGGCAUGGGCUACAGGCAUGUCCUUCAAACCCCGACUUCUGAAGCCGCCUUUAAGAACAGCAAUGCGAACGUUAUGAACUAUCUGCGUAGCAUCGUGCCCCGUAUGUUCCAAAGUACCCUAUCGCUGCUCUCGCGGCAGAUAAUUCAGCAGUUUCUGAAUGAGCUAGUAUGGCGUGAGAUGUACGGUAGCACACCGGCCACCACCUUCGACAAUAUUUUGAAGCAUAUUGCUGAGCAGGUUCGCUUGGAUAACAAGGAGAGUUUGCUUACGCGAUUGACUAAGGUGUCCACUGAUCCGUUCCGUCAAUGGCAGUUUGAUACAGAAACUCCAGCAGCACAGGAUUCGCCGAAACGCGGACGGAAACCCAAUCAGUCGGUAACACCUGAUAAGGCUACCUUGGCACCGAUUGAGGCAACCGUCAAAUCAGCAGGGCAAACCCACAAACCCCUCGUAGCUUCGGUUCCUAUACAGGCGGAUCCACCGAAAAAGAUUCUGCUGAAGAAGGUCAAACAGGAGCAGGAAAGUGCUUCUCUUGCGGCAGCCGCCACUAGUAGCAGCAGCCAUGCCACCAAAACAGCACCUAAGCCUGUGGCAUCGCAGGAGCUAGUUAGCAACAGAAUUAGAAAGCAGCAAACCAUGGAAAAGGAUGAAACAGUGGCGCUAGAGUUGUACUACUAUGGUAUUGUAGGUGGAGAAGAUAACAGUGAACCGCAAGAUUAUCAGCUGCCAAAGAAGCGAUUUAACGUUGCUUGUCCUGAGUGUCCCGCUGGGAUCUUCUUUACCAGCAACGUGGAGCUGUUGGAUCAUCUUCUGCGACAUGCCAAGAAACCGUUGGAACGGGAAGAAAGCGAAACUGUCGUUCAGUGUCGCUGCUGUUUAGUGUAUGUCGAAGAUAUGGAUGCACUAGAGAAGCAUAACCAUCUUUAUCAUCCAAGCGAAACGAAAGAAGCAACUGUGAAAACGUUGAGCUGCCUCAUUUGUAAUAAUCAUUUCAGGAGCAUAGCCACGCUGGCGGAGCAUAUGCAAAAAAAUCAUCUUCCGCUGGAGAUGCCGUAUCGGUGCGCAGGCUGCACCUUCCGUAGCUCGUCACAGCGCCUUGUUAUCGAGCACUUCUACAAGGCCCAUCGUAACACGGUUCUACUGCAGUGUCCAUUCUGUCUUAAACUGACCAGCGCCUAUCGGGCGGACGGUCCCGACCGGCUUGCGCAAGUGUUGCAUGAUUUUUUGGCCCAUUUACGCAAACACUGUGCGAAGAAUGGUGGCUCGAACCGCUGCCACAAGUGUUCACUUAGUUUCUUCACCAGAGGAGAACACAAGUUCCAUUGCAUCUUCGAUCACCGCGCAGCCACCUGUGAUCGAGCAGACGUGCGGCCUAUGACAUCGGCCUUUAACAACAUUGCAAAACCGAAGAAAAAGACUCCUCUUCAGAAAGACCAUUCUACCUAUCGUCUCAUCGCGAGCUACGGUAACCUGGUGUUCAACAUGGAGUGUGGCAACAUAUGUCUCGAAUGCAAGCAUGAUUUCGAUCAAUUCAAUCACACGAUCGGACUGGUACAGUGUGUGAAAUGUGCAUACCAAACAGCAUGUCUCCGAUCGGUGGUGAACCACGCGACGGCUUGUUAUUUACAAGCGAGCACCACACCAAGUACGAAGCUGCUGCCCAAGGAGCUGUACUGCAGUUGUGGAUAUUCGUCAUGCGAUGGGAAUGCGCUGGCGCGCCAUUUGGUCUCGUGUGACCGGGACACUGUUUACUCAUCGGCAAAGGCAGCUCAAGCGAAUGGCGGUUCAAAGCGACACAUGCUCGAUAGGCUUGGAUUAGUGCAGCGCGACGACGGCGACGACAACGACGACAACGACGGCGACGAGCCGUAUCAUACGGAGGCCGAUGAUGUGGUUCCUGGUCCUAGUGGCCUUACUUAUGAUCCAUCGCAGUCUUUGUACAAUAUCGCGGCCACAGGUAGUGAACAGCAGUUCAAUACACAGCUGUCACUCGAUGAUCUUGGACCAUCCUCCGUUCUUCCAACUCAAGACACGGAUUUCACCCCGCAGCUGAAGGACGACUAUCAAUCAUUAGCAACGCCGAGGGUUCAGGAACCCGAUUUCUAGAUAAGGUAACGCGACAAUAUGAGUUGUUUUUUUCUUAUUCGUUCAAUCAAUCAGCAAACGUAUUCAUAAGAUGAACACGUUGUGCAAUAUGAUCGGUUUGCUAAACUAAAUAUUACGAAUUCUAUCCAACAGCAAGGAUAGCAAUAAAGUGGCCUGUGGCCUAAUGCCAAAUUGAAACCAUGAA